GGAAGCCCCCGUGGCGUCGGCAGUCCUGCGCCCCAUAUGAGGCACCUGUUUUACCCCGAGCCUGGACCACUACAUUAGCAAAGGUGGAUUGGUACGCAGGAUAUGAGCAGUUUGUCAAGCGCAACCUGACUCUGCUCCCACACCAGCAAGCAGCGCAAACGCUGCAUCAUCCCCAGCAGCCGCAACAGCCGCUGGCUCACCCCCAGCAGUCGGACAUUAUGACAUCUAUGUUUGAGCAGCAGAUCAAAAGCGAGCCUAUGGGUUUUUACUCGGUGGCCUCCAGCAGAUCCGACGGCUCGAAUUCCAUGGUAAAUCUGUCGGACGAGCGGGAAGAGCUUUCCCAGCAGGAAGGCCAUCUCCAGACCCAUCAGUCUUUGCAGGCUCAUCAGCAGCAUCAGCAACAACAGCAGCAGCAGCAGCAACAGCAGCAACAACAGCAGCAACAACAGCAGCAGCAGCAGCAGCAGCAGCAACAGCAGCAGCAGGACCAACAGCAGCAGGAGCACAGUCCGAUAAUGCACGAGGAUUCGCCGUCGCGGCAGUCGGGUGGUCAGCAGACAGCAAAGGAGGGCACCCGGUCCAAGCCCCAGCCUUGCAAGGUUUGCGGCAAGGUCCUAUCCUCUGCUUCCUCCUACUACGUCCACAUGAAGCUCCACUCCGGCAACAAGCCGUAUCACUGUACGGUUUGUGAGGCGAGCUUUUGCCGCAAGCCCUACCUCGAGGUUCACAUGCGGACGCACACGGGCGAGCGGCCCUUCCAGUGCGAGCUCUGCCUCAAGCGAUUCACCCAGAAGAGCAGCCUCAACACCCACAAGCGCGUGCACACGGGCGAGCGGCCCUAUUCCUGCGACAUUUGCCAGAAGCGUUUCGCGGUCAAAAGCUACGUGACUGCCCACCGCUGGUCCCACGUCGCGGAGAAGCCCCUCGUUUGCGAGCGCUGCUCUCUCACCUUCACCUCCAAGAGCCAAUUCGCCAUCCACAUCCGCACCCACACCGCCAAUACGACCUACGAGUGCAACAUAUGCGGGCGCACAUUCGUGCGCGACAGCUACCUAAUCCGGCAUCAGAACCGUGUGCACCGCGACAUGUCGCAAGGCAGCGGGAACCACGACCCGGGAACGCCUCAAAGUUCCGGAGCUGGGACGCCGGGUACGGGUUUCGAGAGCCCGGUGUGCGAUCUGCGCUACAGCGACGGUCCCUCCUCGCUCGACGGCCUCGGUCAGGGUGGCAAAACCGGCGCGGGCAUCGCCGCGGAAAUUGCGAGCCUCGCCAAGAACAGUCUGCAGCUGCCGCUGCCCCUUCUCCAUCCGCAGACCACCAACUAGUGUCUGCCUCAGCAGCAUCAGCAGUCUCAGCAGC